GUAUAAAUAGAACAGCGCUUCGAGAAAUAAAACUGCUGCAAGAGCUUAGCCAUCCAAAUAUUAUUGGACUUCUUGAUGCAUUUGGACACAAAUCAAACAUCAGUCUAGUGUUUGAUUUUAUGGAAACUGAUCUAGAGGUUAUAAUAAAGGACACUAGUCUUGUUUUGACACCUUCCCACAUCAAAGCAUAUAUGCUGAUGACACUUCAGGGAUUAGAAUAUUUACACGAACACUGGAUUCUUCAUAGGGAUCUUAAGCCAAAUAAUUUGUUGCUGGAUGAAAACGGAGUUUUAAAACUAGCUGAUUUUGGUUUGGCAAAAUCUUUUGGAAGUCCAAACAGAGUUUAUACACAUCAGGUAGUCACAAGGUGGUAUCGAGCACCUGAAUUAUUGUUUGGAGCUAGAAUGUAUGGAGUGGGUGUGGAUAUGUGGGCAGUAGGCUGCAUCUUGGCUGAAUUGCUUCUAAGGGUAAGUAUGGGAUAGGGCUUGACUGAAAGUGAUUGACAGAUUAAAUUUCACUUCUUGCACCAUCAUUCAGUCUGUCGGUGUUAACAAAUAAGAGAGAACUAGGGAGAGCCUUGACUGAGAGAUUUUCUUAGGUUACAGUUCUGCCACGGACUCAGGUUUCUUUUAUCUAACCAUUGUCUUGGUAGAGGUUGUUCCUGAAGGCUAUUCCUUCUGCCAUAAUAAGUAUAAGUGUGUGUGUG